ACAAAACAAGAUUUUCAUUUUUCUCUUCUGUCUCUCGUCCCGCGGAACUUGCAAUAACAGCACUGCACUUUUUCCCCUUCUCAUUGAUCCCAAAAUAUCAAACUUUAGCGACAAACUAUACAAAAAAAGUGUUCUUUUUCGAAACCCAGAUUUCAAUUUCAGUGUUUGUGGAACUUGAAAAGGGUAAUUUAUAAAACUACAAGAAAAGAGUUGGAACAUUGGAGUUCCGGAAAUGUAUGGGCAUGUGGCGGCUUCGUCUGCCAUGUCCCGAGGCGGAUUGCCUAAUGACAGUGGGGACUCUGUUGUGACAUUAGACCAAGUUCCUAGGUGGAUUGACGUCGAGCAUUUGUUAGAGAGUGGCAAUGGAGAUUCAUCGUUUGCCAGUCCGUAUUUUCCUGAUCCUUUGGCGUUUAAAUCGGGAAGUGGAAGUGGCGCAGGUGGUUCGGCAGCUAGGUUUCCGGUGGACCAUGAAAUAAAUUUACGGAUAUAUUUGUGGACAGGGAAUCCUUGGAACCUUGAGGUGGAUGCUGUGGUGAACUCAACAAAUGAGGUCAUGGAUGAAGCACACAGCAGCCCUGGGUUGCAUGCUGCAGCUGGACCCGGUCUUGCAGAAGAAUGUGCAACUUUGGGUGGGUGUCGAACAGGGAUGGCUAAAGUUUCUAAUGCCUAUGACCUUCCUGCAAGGAAAGUUAUCCAUACAGUUGGUCCAAAGUAUGCAAUGAAGUACCACACUGCUGCAGAGAAUGCUUUAAGUCAUUGUUAUCGUUCUUGCCUUGAGCUUCUAAUUGAAAAUGGGCUUCAAAGCAUUGCCAUGGGCUGUAUUUAUACAGACGCAAAGAACUAUCCUCGUGAACCAGCUGCACAUGUAGCUAUUAGAACUGUGCGGCGGUUCCUUGAGAAGCAGAAAAACAAUGUAACAGCUGUUGUCUUUUGUACUACCAGCACAAUUGAUAUCGACAUCUAUAAAAGGUUGCUUCCACUUUACUUUCCUCGGGAUAAACACGAGGAGGAGGUGGCUUUGUCAAAGCUUCCUGCGGAUGUUGGGGAUGAGAAUGGUGAGACUACCAUAGAUGAGCGUAAAAUCAGAAUAAAGCCUUUGCCUAAAAAAAAGGGUCCAAAACCAUCUCUAGAACCAGUUGAUCUUCCUGUUAGUGAUGUUGGCAUGUUUCGCAGGACUUCAUCAUAUUUAGAUUCAUUUCUAGAUCCUGCCUUCAUGUCUUUGAUUAAAGACCCUGAUGAAAGACGUCUGGAACAGUGGGAGAAAACUGUUCAAGCACAACGAGGCUGGAAUUUUGCUAAUUUACUUGGAUUCGGUGACCUUGGUGGACCACCAUUGUCUGCCGCUGAAGAAUAUUCUCUGCACUCUAGAUAUCUUUCUAAAGCAAAAUCCUUAAAUCUAUCUGAAAUUGCUGAGAUGAAGAUUGUCUAUCGUGGAGGGGUGGAUAGUGAGGGUCGUCCUGUCAUGGUUGUUGUGGGGGCUCAUUUUUUGCUCAGAUGUCUUGAUCUGGAGCGAUUUGUGCUUUAUGUGGUGAAGGAGUUCGAGCCAAUAAUACAGAAGCCUUAUACUAUUGUAUAUUCUCAUUCUGCCGCAUCUUUACAAGUGCAACCAGACCUAGGUUGGAUGAAAAGAUUACAACAAAUACUUGGACGGAAGCACCAGCAAAACCUACAUGCAAUAUACAUUCUUCACCCAACUUUAGGACUAAAAGUUACAGUAUUAGCUCUACAGUUACUGGUGGACAAUGUGGUUUGGAAGAAAGUAGUAUAUGUUGAUAGACUUCUGCAACUCUUCAGAUACGUACCGCGUGAGCAGUUGACAAUUCCAGAUUUUGUGUUUCAGCAUGACUUAGAAGUGAAUGGAGGAAAGGGGCUUAUUGUGGAUCCCAGAACAAAAUAUGUUUACCAUAGACCUUGAGCAUUUCAUCCCCAUUUCUAAGAUCAGUUGAUAAGGAGCAUCACUUGUUGUAGUUUCUACAUUACUGGCCUUGCCAAUUACUCUCACAAUCUCACUUGUUAUAGGCAGAAGAGGGUCUAUAUGUCUGUGUAUGUAACAAUUAAGUUAUAUUUUCCCCAACCGCUGAUGAGUUUCUCUGUAAGUAAUAUAAUAUUGUAAUUUUUCUCUGUAAUCUCUCCUAAGUGAGUUCUGAAUAAAAUUCAAUGUGAUUUUGAUCUC